UCCUCCGUCUGUCUCCUCCAUAUGAGCCCUAAGCCCCACUCACAGUGCAUAAUAAAUAAAAUUCUAGGUUAUGUACUGUUAUCACCAGUUAAUCUCCGCCAAAAGAAAAAUAACUCAUUAGUGACCUUUGCACAAGUACCCAAUCAAAUGGCAAUUUUCUGUUUAUCACUGUGCAUUGAUUGUGCUCGGUGUCUCGAGCCAAUACCCAACAUUUCAUUCAUAACGUAGUGGUGUUUAGAGUCAGGGAAAUGUAAAUAAACAGUUGUUUUAGUAAAUUAAGAGUUAAAUUAAGUGUAGAUAGUUAAUCAAUGAUGGAUAGUCCCGAGGGCGAGACGCAGGAGAGGCCCAUCCUGGAGGCGGGAACUGUGUACCUCCUGAUGAAGAAGGGAUUUCCGAUAUCUCGAAAUGUCAGAGCCCAGUGGAUCCUGGAGCACCUGGACACUGUGAUAAGCAUUCAGACCCAGAGGCACGAUCGGCACGAUCCUGACGAGACCCCAGAGCUGGAGAUAGUCUCGAUAAUCCCGAAGGACCACUCGUCCCCCUGGAGUGACGACACCUGUCACGAGUACCAGUACAGAAUCACCUCGAGUUCGUCAGUGGUAUUUCUCGCCCACAAGUACCGAAUGGUCUUCUGCCUGGACCUGAGCCCCUCCUUGGGGACCAUUGACAUCCAGCGAGGGGAGGUGGUGAUAGACGAGGUCUGCAUGGCGACCAAGCAGUGCCUGGAGAACGUCUCCAGACCAUUCACCAUUCCUGGGACGAAGAGGAGCCUUCGACCAGAGAUUUACGUCACGAUAAUCGUGCACACCCCCUUCUUCACGAAUCCAGCGCAGCAGGUGCUGGUCCAGAGCUGGCUGAUAACCUCUGAGAACAUUGUUUAUCUUAUGCAGUUCAUCGAGAAGCGCCUGAAUUCCUUGGAGGAGAACAUCGCGAGGGCAGAGGCCGAGAGAUUCUCCUCUGGGAUCUUCGAGGACGAGGUGUCCACCAUGGGGAUGACUUUGAACUCGUCUCAUUCCCUCAGUAAUUUGUCUGUGAUCUCCCCUGAAGCCAGCUUCAUCAACAUGCUGAGGUACGGAAUGCUGGCGCUGGCUCUCCUCCCAGAGCACAGCUGUGCCCACCUGGUGAUCGUGUCCGACGGAAUAGUCGGCAUUUCCGACGUCUACGUCCUGGACUCAAUCGUCCAGCAGUUGCGGGCCUCGACGAUAGCCUGCAGCUUCCUCCACCUUGGAAGUGCCUACCACCCUCACUGCGCCAACGGUCUCGUCCCCUACCAAGACAUCCUCUGCUUCCUGGCUACAGCGACCCUCGGCUGCUACAUGACCUUCAUCCCUCAGUUCUCCAGCCACGAGGACAUGAACAUCUACCACAGGAACUUCCUCUGCUGGCAGUUAUACAGAACAGUCCCCAGCGAGCACCCGAUGAAAUCCAACUACUGGCAGACCGACAACUCUCUGUUCUACGGUCACCAGCCCCAGCUCCUCAGGAAGAAGCAGAUCGACAACAAGGUCACCUGCACCCUGAGCUCUCUCCUCUGUUGUCGAUUGAGGGACGGAUACUUGAUCAAGAGAAUGUCCCUGAGGGACGGAAACGUCGAGAUCUGCUUCAUCCUCCCCUGGAAGACCCACGUCUUCCUCGAGUACUUCAUCUCGAGUUCCUGGCCCCCGAGGUCAGUGGCCACCUGCAACACAAUCCAGUACACAAUAACCGUGGAAGCCCCUUACGAAUUCCUCCACGACAUCACCUGCCUCUCGAAGAAGCCCCUGAAGUCCCAGUACAGACAGAACGUUGUGUCCAGGUUCUGGGCGACCUUGAGCUCUCUCACAGAGAAUGACACCAUGUUGGAGCACUUCAGCUGGUUCCCAGAGCCCGGCUGGACCUGGUACAACGUGCCAGACACCAUCAGGAGUGGGAUUCCAGUGUUCUAUCUGCCAGCUUAUCCCCUGGCCACUGCUGUCCAACUGAGUGAUGCUGUCUGCCCUCAGUUUGGAAAGAUCUGGAAGCCAGUGGCGUCACUGGACUCGAACCAGUGGGCACGCUGGAUGCACUCCCAGAGGGUCACACUCAUCCUAACUCACGACAGACCUCUCCCCAAGUACCUCCAUCAGGCCAAUCAGAGUGGGAGGUUCCAGUGCAUUCAGUGUCGUCAGGGGGCUGCGGUGCUCUAUGCAAUGCUCAAGAACUGGGCGACCUUCGUGCUCGUGGAGAACCACACGUACGUCCAGUUCAUUUAUAGGGAGCCGGAGAAGCCCCCCGUGUCCUUCUCGGUUAUUAGGAUCAACUCGAAGGCACUUUGCGUGGUUCUCCAUGUUGCUUUCGCUGGGGGGACUGAAGGCGUCGUCAGGCACAACGUGGUGAUGGAUCUGGUGGAGAGACUCUCGAAGCUGACCCUGCCUAAUAGGCCCACCGAGAUGAGGGAGACCCCUUGCUGCACCAUUAUUCAUAAGUCCUUGGAGAGGAUUCUCAUUAGGUAUGAGAGGAUGCCCACGGAUUUUAAUACUGUCGUUUUUCCCGACGGGACGCAGCCGAUUGCCAAGAGUGCUCAGGCUCCUGGGGGGGUCCUCACAACGACUUUAUCCAGGUAUUUAUUCCAUUUCCGGUGGCUCUGGAAUGUCAAACGACCGGUUAUCCAGACGAUUCCUGGGAUAGUUGUGCCGAGGCUCAAUAUCACUGCAAUUGCGAGGAUUCUCUCGACCAUCACCAAGAUGCGACUCAAUGAGGGGUUCAAUUUUGCGUACUCCGCUGCGGGGAUCAUUAAUAUGGUGCUGGAGGUGGAGAUGCUCGGGGCGAUGAACGAGUACCAUCCCUGCGUAAUCCAGUAUAUAAUUUUUCCACCGCACACUAUUAGCAGCCCCAGCAUGGAGAGGGACAGUGAGUCUGAAGAGGAUAGCGACGAGGGAACCGCUGAUGGAGAAGCUGGGAACGAUGAUAAUGAGAAUUCGGGGGAUUAUCAGAUUGUCACUGAGGUGUGGGUUGAGCCACAGUGUGGCAGGGUCAAGGCUGGACAUCCCACGGGGGCUUAUAUGGAUGGACUGAGCUACCAUCAGUUUCCAGAUGCUAUAUCCCGAAUCGACGAGGAGUGCAUAAACGCCCUUUUGACUCUAGAGCACUUGAGCUUGCUGAGUCAGGUUGAGGCGCGCGAGGGCAGUGUCGAUCCGACGAAUGGAUACCAGUACCAGAAUAAUCUGUAUAAUCAGGGUAAUCGGGGGCCCUCACGACGGACUUCCGUUAAUAACUUCACUCAAUCGAAGUCGUUUCUCAAUACGCCCUCCAGGGAUGACAGUAUCGAUCAUAAAUUAUUUAAUUUCGAUGCCCUGAGUAUUCUUCCCAAGUGCCAACAAGCUGAGUUGCUGUUCUCCAUGUUCGCUGAUGGCCCGUCAUUCCCCGAAGACGGUUCGGAGAACACCAACAGCAUUCUCCUCGAGAAUCUGAUGGACCACAUGAAGCACCUCCACAACAAAGAGAUCCUGCUGACGGCCUCCGAAUGCCAGGACUUCACAGCGAUGCUCUGCACCCGUCCCCGAGAGGGCACCUCCCCGCUGCCCUUCUCCCCAGAUCUCACCGAGAAGCAGAAGAACUCGAUAAGAUGGCGCUGCUUCAUCAAGGGCAUCAGUACAACCCACAUAAUCCUGACGCUGCUCCCCUCGACGGAAAGAGACGUCCGAACGCUGUUGAACCCUCCCCAGAAGCACCGCAAGUACUCCCGCGAGAAAUCCCUGGAAAAGCUGGACAAGCUCUCGCCAUCGGAGGAGAAGGCCAUCUCCUCGUGGUUCAGCACUCCCAAGAAAUUCGAGUUCGACUCGAGCAUCUCCAGUCGAACGCCGACAACCGAGAGCACCCCAAAGGCAGACAGAAGACGCAGAGUCCCCUCAGGAGGGCCCAAACCAGGCCUAAUCCUCCCGAUUUACGUCUACGACUGCUCCCUAGCCCUCCUCAUCGAGGUCAUCAUCAACAAGUUCACCUCCCCCAGGUCCAAAGACAUCUACCAGAACAACACAUUCUCAGUGGGUCAUCACAUCCACGAGGACUUCGUCCACCUGAAGUCCUCGAACGACUGCAAAUCAGCGUCCCCAGAGCCCAAGAGCGAGGACUCUGACAAUGGAACUGACCAGAGGAGCCUCCUGGAGCACUGCAAGCUCCUGAACUUGGCCCACUGCCACUGCUUCGUCGUGGCAGUCUACAAGUCCCUCUCCCUGCAGCUCCAGCUGUCCUACGAGGACAUGGAGGCCGCUGUGGAGCAGUGCGAAGAGUCCCUCAUCGAGAUCAACAUAACAAACUACCUGAAAACAGUCUGCAAGCACCUGAAUCCAUCGGCUUCCCCCAGCAAGUCAGACCCCGAGGACUACACGAGCUCCACCUGCGUGGAGUUCCAGCCCCUCCACAACCUGAUUCGAGAGAAAUUCAGGAGGAUCAUCCAGGUGGCGUUCAAACCAGUCCCAGCGCAUCCAGAGUUCUACUACUGCUCGCCCCUUCACAAUGCCGACAGGCAGAUGGAGUUCCACAGGUCUGACAGUGAUGACGACCUGGAGGAGGGCUUCACAUUCCCCUCGGAACUCGAGUGCAAGCUGGAUGGACAAAUGAAGACUGUCUCCUCCAAUGGCACCUGGACCAUCUCCAACCUGAGGGAUGAGGUCAAGCUCUCCAGCUACGACUCCACCGAGUCCCUCAUCAGUGAUCUUCGUGAGGACGACCGCAACUCCAAGGAGCAGCCACUCUUUCUCCAGCUGAAUUGCUCGGUCCACUCGCGAUCCAACUUCUCCAGCAUUCCUGUGAAGCUCCUCCCCACGUGCUUCGCCGAGCUGCAGCAGCACCUUGAGGACUGCAACGUCUCAGACUUGGACAAUGUGAAGAUAACUUUGGACAUAAUCUGCCUGAAUCUCCCUAGGGAGGUGCUGGAGGUGAGCCUGGAGCGUGUGGCUCUGAGGACGACGUCCUACUGCAGUGCCUCUCCAGUGGGAAGUCUGAAGACUGAGAGUGAGAGCAGUCCUGGGAACGACACGGCUUUGUCAGAGGAUUUACUGUUGCGAGAACGAAUUGCUCAUCUGCCUCAUCAUCAGCACGACGCCAUUUCCACCCUGAGAAUGGAGAUCGAGUGGCUCCUGAGGGACGAAGUGGCAACGGCGCUGCUGGAUAGCACACCUCCAACAGAGGAGACCCUGGAGUUCGUGGCUAAACACGUGUCGGAGUCCAGUGGGAGGACCAGCUGUCACAUAGAUAAAGUUCCCCUGCAGUUCGUCUUCCCCUCGAGCAACAGUGCCCCCAAGUUCCACGAGGAGCUCAUAAAGAUGGAGGUGGACAGGUACAUGAUAAAGCAACUUGAACGAUUUCUAUAUUUCGUUAAAGACGAGAGGACAAUGGGCCAUGCAGAGAGCUGCAUCGAAACGAAAUUGGAGAUGAAUGAUGAGGACAGGUCGACAGUGGAGCUGGACGAUUCGGACAGUCCCCAGGACGUCAACAGCAGGACCUCGAGGCAGGAUUCUGGCGACCCCCCAGGGUGUCAUUCAGAGAUCUCAAGCAUUGGUGAGGGCCACCCGGGGACCGACGACGGCUACGAGGGGGACAGCAGCAACUCCGAGGACGACUGCUGCUGGCUGGUGGACCUGGACAAACGACGAGACACUCUCCCCAACUUCUGGCUGAUCCUCCAGGUGCACAAGAGCCACGUGAACGUUUACUUCCACUGCAGAUUUCUGGAGUUCGCCUCUCCUGAGGUGGACAGGUAUACGCAGGUCCAGAAGAUGGUGGUGGCGCAGAUAACAGCGAUCUGCAGGAGGGUCAAUCAGUACCUGUUAUUGGAGAGCCUCCACGAUACGAGAAACUGCGACUCUCUGCUGGAGCCAGAGUCCCACGAGGACCACAACUGGAGGGCAGACUCGACGAGCGAAUCAGGAAUGAUCCCCAAGCACGAGUCAGUAGUGAACAUGACCCCUGGCAUGUUCAGGUGCUCAGUCGUCUGGGAAGUCCCCUUCUCCCUCCACCCUAGGCUGAAGACAGGGCCUGGGAGAUCGGGAUUGUCCAGAGGGAUCAAGGCACUUCACGUUGUGCUGAGCAGAUUCUCAGUCAACAACAGAAACAACAUGUUCAUUUAUCGCGAGAACAACUCCAAUGUCUUCUACCUUCGCCUGCACGAGCAGACUGGGGAUGGAAAACCACUGCAGAAUAAAUUAUCCGAGUCUGAUGAGAAACUGAUGGUCUCCAGGAGUAGCAGCAUCGCUUCCUUGUCUCAGCCGAGGACUCCUGGGGUGCAGCAGGACCAGUCGAGGGUGGACGACACCAGACCGAGGGUGAGAUCCUUCGGGGAGAAGGACUCUGAUUAUCUCAGCAAGUGCGACGACUCGAUCGUCCUGAUGGUGCAUGGAAUAUCAGAGCCCGGGGUGGAGGUGAGGCAGGACCUGGUUCAGGUUCUACACAACCGGCUGGACGACGCCGUCUUGGAGGUGCUCUCUGUGAUGCUAGCUAGGAACCCAAUGUGCAAAUUAACUCCAGCAGACGUUCACUUCAUUCAGAAGCCCUACAGAUCCCCCGAGAGCUACGUGCAGUUCUCGAUCCAGCCUUAUUACUCGUCACACAUGAACGCCCUCGCCUACUACCUCAGGCAGAACGUUCUCCAGUUCCUCUACAUCCCUAAGUACACGGAUCCCAGGGGGCACUAUCACUUCCAGGACUACUCCCAGCCCGAGGGGUCCAACAAACGAGUCCCAGAGACCGACAUCUUCCUCAACAAUCAGAGCCAGUCGAGUGGCAACAAGGGGAUCGCCUGCAUCGCCAUGGCCAUCUCCAAGGACGUCAACGAGGCCGACUGUCUCCUGGAAUUCCCUGGGCACCUGUCCCCCGAGGAGUUCAAGGACGUCGUCUCCACGAAUUCUUACGAAGGGACUAGCUCCUGCACGUUGUCAGGUUCUCCAAUAGAGUUCAGAGUCUGGAGGCAGGGGAGAGUGUAUCUGGAGACACUGGUGGAGAAGCUGAGGGCUGCCAUUAAAUAUGCGACGUGGGACCUGGUUGUUGAGUACCGUCUCCUGCCUGUGCCCCUGACUGUUGUUGGGGGUGAGGGGAAGAGCGAUCUGAAUGAGGGCUCAGAGGGGGAUUCCCCGAGGAGAGAAUCUCAGAGUCAUCGACGAAUGGGGGUUGACGAGCUUGGGGAAGAGGGGGAGCUCCACGAGAUCUACCACAGGACACUUCCCUCCUGGUUUCAGUUCGCUCUGGACAUGGGAGUGCCUUCGGUGAAGAAACACGUCGUCAGUAUUCAGCACCGACAUCCCAUUCCCACCAUCGUCGGGGAGCUGCAGAACUUGAUACGAAUCAAUGCCCCUGAGACCUCCACGAGGAGUUUUGUUUUGAGACAGACACAGCCGUUUGUCGUUGAUGAUUCCAUCGAUGAAUCCAUUAGAUUACCAUUUAGGGGGGAUAAUGACCCAGGAGGAGGCCAGAAGAAGGCCAAGAGAGGGGUUGACAGUGAUGAGAAUGAAAAAAUAAUUUAUGUGCCAUAUGAAUUCCCUCAGGAGGACCAGAGAUCCUUCACGAAAGCAGUGGUGGUGGCGAGGAACUUCAACCAGUGGAAGGCAUCCUUCAGUGAAGUGCCAGACCCCGAGUCCCUGAUCCCGAAGGAUCAGAAGCUCCUGCAGAAGUUCAACCCCCUCAUCCAGGAGUCGAGCUUCAUCCCCAGGCAGCGACUGCUCCUGGCGCAGGUGGAGAGCCACCAGGUGGUGAUGUACAUGUACAACUGGUCGAAGGAACGAUCAGAGAAGCUGAUUAAACAGACGACGAGCCUGGCCACCUGGUUGUCCUCCAGAUCCAUCUUGUUCUCGAGCAUAACACUUCAGAAAUUGGGGGUGUUUCAUCAUCAGUCGUUGGACAGUUACCACCACCGGGAGGACCACCCCCAGUACCAGAUAUCGGACCUCGAGAGCCUCGCAAAGUUCCCACUGACAGCAGAGGGGAAGGAGUGGCCCAGGAGAAGUGGGCAACUGAUGAAGUCAGUCCCUCAGUACUCCUGGGAUCGAAUGCUGGGGCAGGUGAUGAGAGACGCCAGACCUACAAUGCAGUACCCUCCGAACACCACAGACCCAGUGGUGAAGGGCAUCUACGACCUCCAGGACCUCUACCAAAGAGAGAGGAAGGCCAAAGAAGACUUGACGAAAUUGUACUCCAUGUGGCAGAGCAGGAGUGCAGCCCCCAGCAUCCCCAUGCCAGCGCUGACCCUCCAGACAUUCAAACAGUACUCUCGACUGAUCCACUACUGUCACACCCCAAUCCUCUUCCUGCCCCAGUGGCGGCUCCAGUCAGCAGCGACGAGGGACCACUCCCUAACUCCCCCAUCCUCAAUCUCCCCAAUCGGCUCUCAAGUCUCCCAGCUCUACAAAAAGCUGGACAAACACUCCGAGAAGGCUGUCGACUCCUGGCACCAGGAGCUCUGCGCCUCGAUGCUCUCGGAGUACAAGCAGUACCUCCAACUCCUGGGGUUCCACCCUGUCCAGAUCGACGGCGAAAAGAGCAAUCCUGACGACCCCCACCAGGUCUGCUACCUCAAAAAGUCCAUGCUGGGUGGGAUUCUGGUCUUCGAGAUUCAGCUGUCAGAGCCCUUCUUCAUCGUCAAGCUCCACAUAAUCGAGUGCAACAGACUCCAGACGAAAUCCAGCACUGGAUCAGUGAAUCAAUUCAUGUCGAGUUUCAUUGAUGCCUGUGACAAAAUCAAGAUCAACAUGCAUCUUCACUCUUUCACGUAUGACUUUCACCUUCGAUGCAUUCACUCGUACAUCGCUGGGACUGGCCAGUGGUCCCUGCAACAGGGCUACCACCUCACCCAGUUCCUGGACGACUUCAUCAAGUACUACAGCAAAGCCCCCAAUUUCGCUAGGAACCUGGUCUACAGUGAUGUUGUUAAUGUCAGCAGCUUGACGACUCCAGCCCACACUCUGUACUCGUACCUGCUGUCCCACGAGAAGACCUAUGGGAUGCAGGUCUUCGGGAUGACGAGCGACUCCCAGGACACGAGGGACAGCGAGUACGUCCUGGUGAGGCUCCAGAGCACGCCCCUGGUCAGCUACUGCGAUGCACAGGAUACCAAGUACACUGAUGACUUCACUGUUGCUCUGAUCGUCUCCAAGCAGGAUCAGCCGCCCCAGAUCGAGAAGACGGAGAUCAGUCUCAAGUUCUACCUGAUAUUAACCAGCAAGAGGGAGCUGUAUCCCAAACGAGAGGUGGAGAACAACAAAUUGGGAAAGUUCAGGACUGUUUACAGUGUUGUGAAGACAACGGCAGGUGGUCAUGUGGAGAAUUACCUGGAGUCUGGGCCAACUACGCCAGUCCCAUCGUCGGAGAAGGGUCUCAAGGACGACAGCAACACGGAUUCAGAGUAUACAGAGAGCAAUUCUGACUCUGUGAGCUCAGUGAGGGAGAAUCCCAAGAAUGAUCAUGAGGAGGAGAAGAGGGAGAUGGCACCAACACCUCCACCAGUGCCCACCUCUCCUCUGAUGAGUGCCAGUGCUGGAAACACCCCCGAGUCCCCUCACUUCAUGCAGAUUCGACAGGAGUCGGUGAAUUAUCUGGGGUAUUACUCGUCUCAUGAGCAGCUGAUGCAGCAGCUGAUCAUUUCUCAGGCGAAGGCUGCGAGGCAACACAUCACCAACAUGAUUGAGAGGGGAACGCUGCAUUGCAGGACUCAUCUUCUGUGGAAUAAGCUUCUGGAGAACAAGUCCACGAUGAGUUAUAAUGAGUUCAUGGAGCUCAAGUCACUGGCUAAAGCUGAAACACUUUCUGCCCUGGAUGCCAGGCUCAGUCCUCUCGUCAAUCAGCCCAUUGGGUGGUACCAGACACUCGCGAAGGUCCUGCAGAAUAAGUAUCAGGAGCAUCACAAACAGUUUAGCACGCCCGAUGGCAAUGUCACUCAUCAUUUGAUACUCCAUCCUAGCUAUCUGCAGGCCUUCAUGAUGCUGACCAUUGAUCUGCAUACGUCCAGGGGGGAACUCUACGCAGUCUACCGUAAAUCAGCUGAAAUAACAAGUUCUCCCUUCAACCUGUGUGAAAUUCACAAUCUGAUCGAGGGAUUCGUAAACGCCUGUUGUUUCCACCUGUGGAUGGGUCUCUACAGUCAAUAACAAUACGUAAAUCAUCUUAUAACUCAUGGCUCGCCAGCAGUAUCUAUAAGAAAUUUUUGUUCAUUUGUAAAAAACUGUGUCUCAAUUAUCGUGUGCAUCUGUAAAUACGAAAUACAUAAUAUAUUUUCUUGU